GGUGUUGUCAGUGUCAGUUCUGCGCUCGCUGCCCUCCUGGAGCCGGUGCCGGCCCGCGAGCCCCGGCGUCUCUGCAGACCGGUCCCGGCCGGGGUUCCUCCGGGCCCCGCCGUGGGAGGAGUCGGGUUGCUGGCUGGCGACUAGCUGGGGUCGCCACUGGACCCAGCGACCAAGAUCCCGGGCCGCGAAGCAGAGCCGGGCGUCGCGACCCCGGAGGAUCUCUUCUCGACCUGUGGCACCCACUAGUCCCGGAAACUCAACGCCGGCGAGCCCCGGAGCCCGCGCGCCCAGCCCCGGGGGAGCUCGCCCACGCCCCGCGGCCCAACCGGGCCAUGCUCCCCCGGGGCAGCGGCUGAGCCAGAGCCGAGACCCGGAUCAGAGCCCGCGCGGAGCAUGGAUCCGGGCUGGGGGCAGCGGGACGUGAGCUGGGCGGCCCUGCUGGUCCUCUUCGCCGCCUCGCUGCUCACCGUGUUGGGCUGGCUGCUGCAGUACGCCCGGGGUUUGUGGCUGGCGCGGGCCCGUGGGGGCCGGGGCUCCGGACCGGCUUUAGCCUCGGAGCACGGUGGUUCGCUCCGCGAGCUGAGCGUGUGGCGUUCGCUGCUGCGUCUGCGGGCGACUCGGGCCGGCGCCCCCCCGGAACCCGGCGUCCGGGGCCUCCUGGCUUCGCUCUUUGCCUUCAAGUCUUUCCGGGAGAACUGGCAGUGGGCUUGGGUGCGAGCCCUGAACGAGCAGGCCUGCAGGGACGGAAGCUCCAUCCAGAUCGCCUUUGAGGAGGUGCCCCAACUCCCACACAGAGCCAGCAUUAAUCAUGUGACCUGCGUAGACCAAUCAGAGCGUACCAUGGUGCUGCACUGCCAGCUGUCUGCUGAGGAGGUGCGCUUCCCUGUCUCUGUGACCCAGCAGUCCCCCGCUGCCGUUUCCAUGGAGACCUACCACAUCACUCUCACACUGCCACCAACACAGUUGGAAGUCAGCCUGGAGGAAAUUCCUGAUGAGGGGCUGCUGGUGUCUUGGGCCUUCACAGACCGCCCCGAUCUCAGCCUAACGGUGCUUCCCAAGCUGCAGACCAGGGAGAGAGAUGAGGAACAAGUAGAACUUUUGACAGUUGAGGAACUGAUCAAGGAUGCCAUAGUCAGCACCCAGCCAGCCAUGAUGGUAAACCUCAGGGCCUGCUCUGCUCCAGGAGGCCCGGUACCCAGUGAGAAGCCACCCAAUGUGCCCCAGGCCCAGCCAUCAAUCCCCCGACCUACUCGAUUAUUCUUAAGGCAGCUUCGAGCAUCUCACCUGGGAAGUGAGCUGGGAGGUACUGAGGAACUAUGCUGUGUUGCUGAGCUCGAUAACCCCAUGCAACAGAAAUGGACCAAACCCAUGAGGGCUGGUCCUGAGGUGGAAUGGACGGAGGACCUGGCACUGGAUCUGGGCCCCCAGAGCCGAGAGCUGACCCUCAAAGUGCUCAGGAGCAGCACCUGUGGAGACACCGAACUCCUUGGCCAAGCCACACUACCUGUGGGCUCACCCUCUAGACCACUGUCACGAAGACAGGUAUGCCCACUAACUCCAGGGCCAGGGAAAGUCCUGAGCCCAGCAGCCACCAUGACAGCAGAGCUGCACUAUGAGCAAGGCUCUCCUCGGAAUCUCGGUACACCCACUUCCUCCACCCCACGCCCUAGCAUCACACCUACCAAGAAGAUUGAGUUGGACCGGACCAUCAUGCCUGAUGGUACCAUUGUCACCACUGUCACCACCGUCCAGUCCCGGCCCCGUGUAGAUGGAAAAUUAGACUCCCCCUCCCGCUCCCCGUCCAAGGUGGAGGUGACUGAGAAGAUGACAACUGUUCUGAGUGAGAGCAGCGGCCCCAGCAAUACCUCCCACAGCAGCAGCCGAGAGAGCCACCUUUCCAAUGGCUUGGACCCAGUAGCAGAGACAGCAAUUCGCCAGCUGACUGAGCCUAGUGGGCGGGCAGCCAAGAAGACACCCACCAAGCGCAGCACUCUCAUCAUCUCUGGUGUUUCCAAGGUGCCCAUUGCUCAGGACGAGUUGGCACUCUCCUUGGGCUAUGCGGCAUCCCUGGAUGCCUCAAUGCAAGAUAAUGCAGGAACCAGCGGAGGAGGUCCUUCUUCGCCUCCCUCAGACCCACCAGCCACAUCCCCAGCACCUCUGGAUGCCCUCUCCAGUCCCACAAGUGUCCAGGAAGCAGAUGAGACGACACGUUCAGACAUUUCUGAGAGGCCAUCUGUGGAUGAUGUUGAGUCAGAAACAGGGUCUACUGGUGCCCUGGAGACCCGAAGCCUCAAGGAUCACAAAGUGAGUUUCCUGCGAAGUGGCACUAAGCUUAUUUUCCGCCGGAGGCCUCGACAGAAGGAAGCUGGUCUGAGCCAAUCACACGAUGACCUCUCCAACACGACAGCCACACCUAGUGUCCGCAAGAAGGCUGGCAGCUUUUCUCGUCGCCUUAUCAAGCGUUUUUCCUUCAAAUCCAAACCCAAGGCCAAUGGCAACCCCAGCCCCCAGCUCUGAGGGCCCACCUCACCUCCUGAACUAGGAGAGGGCAAGAGUUCUCUCAGCCCAUUCCCCACAUCCCCUUCUGUACCUCUUCCUGGAUUCCCAGUGCUAGGACCAGGAAAGCCCUGGGGUUCUAGGAAGCCCCAUCCACCCUGGGCUGUGGGGCAGUUUGGAAGGGUGUUUGCAGUGGGAAGUAUUUGAGAGAUGGACACUUGUUGCUGUAGACAUAGAAGAGGGUGUUGGUGGCUGAGAGCAGGGGGCAGGCUCUGUCUUGUGUGUGCGGACAUUCCUCAGAAGUGUUUGCCUUCUGCUAACACUGGCCCAGAGUGGAGUCCCAGGGACCUCAUAUCCUCAGCAGAUCCUUCCUCCCUUAUUUAUUCUCUUUUCUAUUUAUAUGUGUGGUCUAGGACCCUUGGCAAACAGAUGACAGAGGGCGUUUCUCCCAGGUGACCCUUCUUUUCUGUCCAAGAGGGUAGGCAAGUCCCAGGAAGGGACACCUCCCUCAGGUCUCCACUCAGACCAGUACCAGUGUCUUCCUCUGAGGACACUGGCAGCUCAUAGGAAGCCGGGCUAGUGCCCAGGAUGGGGGGCAGGUACUCCCCACCUCCCUGCCUCUCCCAGUGCUCCUCAUCUCUCCCUCCCCCUUUAUUACCAUUUUUUACUUGAUGCCUUCUCCAUGAGCAGUGGCUCAGUUGGAAGGAGGGAGCUAGGAAGCUGGUGGGAAGUCUUCCCUAGACAAAUAGCUGUAGGAGCUUUAAAAGACUGUAUGAUGAUAGAGCAGGAGUAAAGUUGUACCUCUGAAUGUUGGGGGAUGAUGAUGUCCAUUGCUGUGUGAUGGCUUGGAAUUUAAUUUAUUAAAGUCAAAUUGGAAUUUA